CUGGUUUUUAGCAAGUGACAAAAAGAGAGAGAAAUUGCAGAUUCGUAAAUUUGGGGGAGGGGGGGGUUUUCUUUCAUCUUUGAAUCCACUCGAGAUUGCCCCUGCUUCAUUUGCUUUUAUUUUUCGCUAACUCAAAUCCCCUCUACAUUAAAUUACCUCUACCUCUUUCUGCCUUCAAUCAGCCACCCCCUCCCCCCAAGCAUGGCGGACGACGACUGGCACACGGUCCCCGAAAAGACGGCCAAGCGCCCCCAGCGCGGCAGCAAUCGCAGCGCUAACACCAACACCAACACCACCAGCAGCGGCAGCGCAGCUGCCAGCAGCAGCCAGCCCGGGCUCCGCUCCCGCAGCCGGCCCGGCGCCAGGCGCGGCGACGACGCGUCGGCCGCACCCGCAAGCAGCUGGCGCACGUCCAGGCCGCCCGCCUCGCGCAGCCGCUCGCGCGCGCCACCGGCCCCCGGCGCAGCCCUCGGCCCUGGCCCGGCCUCCGCAGCACCCGCGGCGCCAGGGUUCCGCCUGGAGACCGCCAACAAGUUCCAGGUGCACGUGGGCAAGGGCAGCCGCGCGCGGCGCAACGACGAGCUGCGCGAGUUCUUCGAGACGCGCGACGACGACUCGCAGGAGGAGGAGGCGUUCGACGCGAUCGACGACGCCGACCUUGACGUGUCGGCCUACGAGUCCGAGGACUCGCAGGACGAGGCGACGCACUUCGACCCCGUGCCGCUGGCCCUGCACUGCUCCCUGUGCGCCGGCCGCCCGGCGCUGGGCAGCCAGCCCGAGGCCGCCCGCCACCUGCGCGACGCCCACCGCGUGGUCUUCCGCCAGCUCAACCACAUGUCGCUGAUGCUGCAGCCGUACAUCGACGCGUGGGCGGACGCGCCGGCGCUUUUGGAGGCCGUGGCGCCGCGCGACGACGGCGUGCGCGUCGUCGGGCCGGACGCCUGCGAGGCCGACAGGCUGAUCCGCGACCGCGUCCAGCGCGCGGCUCUCGACUCGGUGCUGGCCGCGCAGGCGGCCGAGCGGCAGGGCGUGGCGCAGCGGCCGCGCAAGUGCCUGUUCUGCAAGCACACGGGCGACACGCGCCAGGACGUCUUCCGCCACGCGUACCGCGAGCACAACUUCAACAUCGGGCUGGCCGACAACCUGGUUGACGUCGAGGCCUUCCUGGCCAUCCUCGAGCGCAAGCUGGCCGCGCUGCAGUGCCUGUACUGCGAAAAGACCUUUACGUCGCCGGCCGUGCUGCGCAAGCACAUGCGCAAGAAGAAGCACUUCAAGAUCAGCGCGCACAACCGCCUGUACGACCGCUUCUAUGUCAUCAACUACGCCGAGCCCGGCAAGUCGUGGGAGGCGCUGGAGAAGGAGGGCGAGGCCGACUCGGACGUCGAGGGCGGCGACCGCAAGGACGACUCGUGGGCCGACUGGGACGACAACGCCGACGUGCCCGCGCGCGCGCUGUUCGGGGCCCAGGUGUGUGCGUCGGCCGAGGAGUGCUGGGCGCUGAUGCGCGGGGAGUUCCAGCUCGACAUCCGCAGGAUCCGCAAGGACGCGGGCCUGGACUUUUACCGCACGGUCUCGCUGAUCAACCACAUCCGCAGGACGGCCGCCCGGAACACGUGCUACGCCUGCUCGGCGGCCUUCGAUGACCAGCCGGGCUUGGUCGCGCAUGCGCGUGGGGUGGAUGCCGCGCACUGGCGGGUGGCCGUGCCCGAGGAGGGUGCGGCUGCGUGGGACGACAAGGCGUCGCUGAGGCCCGUGCUUGAGAACGACCCGCUGCUGACGUCGUUUGACGACGACGAGGAUGGCGACGAGGAGGCGGACGAGGAUGCGUCGGGGCGGCGCCUGGAGGCGAGCAAGCGUGCCUUGCGCGAAGGGCUUGACCAUAUGGCGCUGGACAGCACAAGGAGCAAGGGCGAAUGAGAAGGCUGCGCUGGCUACGGAACUCCUCGCUUUUCCCCCUCCUUCUUUUCUUCCCCUUUCCCCUUUGAUAGACUGGCAAAUUGCUUUUGCGCUUUAAUUCCGAAGCCAACCGCGCCGCCCACUUGGCUUCUUCAUUCGGUUUCCCGUCCAGGAGGGCGGGGCCAAGAAAUGCCAUUCUCCUUUUCAAACAUCGUUCUGUGCGGGCUGUGAUUGGCUAUAUUCUGCGAAUGUCUUUUUUGUUCAGCUGGCCCGAUAUCCGCCGCCUGCUUUAUUAUUUUGUCUUUCUUUGAAGCCUUCGGUCUUGGUUUUUUUUUCAGUCUCGGUAAUAGAAAUAAUUUCAUUUUUUUUUGGGGGAGGGGAUGAUUGAAGCGGCACUGAAAUAGAAUCGAUAGGGGAAAUUUUGGAUAGGGUCAUAAACAAAUGCAACAACUAUGCUACUUCGAUGCCACUUCAAUGCCACUUCAAUGC